UUCAGGACUACUAUAUAUCGGGAUUGAAACGGAGUCCGUCGGGCGUCGUCGAUCUGCCGAUCAGAGUACUUCGCCUUUUCUCUCUUCUCUCAGUCAAUCGAUCGAACUGAGAGAGAACUUCUACGUCAAGAAAAGGGUUACGCAGCCAUGGUUCAUCUACAGCCAGACCCAUUCUUAAAUGAACUCACUAGUAUGUUCGAGAAAAGCACGGAAACGGGCUCGGUCUGGGUAACUCUUAAACGAUCGUCAUUGAAGUCUAAGGUGCAAAGGAACAAGAUGAAAACUGCUGGGUCACCAAUUGAAUAUAGGUGCCUUGUCCGCGCUACUGAUGGAAAGAAGACUAUUGCAACCUCGGUUGGUAUGAAGGAUCAUCAGCGAUUUCAGGCUUCUUAUGCCACAAUUCUCAAGGCCCACAUGACCGCGCUGAAGAAGAGAGAAAGGAAAGAUAAGAAAAAAGCUGUGGAAACAGAUAAGAAAGAGGGUGAUUCGAAGAAGAAACCAAAGGUGUGAAUCCUCUCGAAGCCUCUUAACGUUGGAACUGGUAAUUUUUUGCCAAUCACAUGGAGAGGUAUCUCAAGGAGUUUUGGAAUUGAAUUUUUAGGCUUUUCAAUCAACUUUAUAUACAUUUUUGAGGAUCUAAAUUGAAUUGCGAGGACAUGGAUUUGACCUUGAUACUCUCCCCAGAACUGGAAAUAGGUUUGAGUAUCCAUGUUUUGAUGGAGAUUGUUUACACCUUACUAAUGUUCAUAUUAUUGCUUAUUUUGGAAACGUAGUUGGCGCUAUUCCAGCA